AUGAAGCUGCGGAUAUUGCUCGCUUCGCUCUUCUUUUCUUCGAUUUGGGCACAACACCAACAACAACAACAACACCAGCAGCAAGCCGGAAUGCAUGCCCAGCCUCCACCUGCCCAACACACCCAAGAAUUCGGAGGGAAAAGUGCGCAUGAUGCCGAGCACAUCAAAGAACACUUGGAUGGAAAGGUCGAUCCUACAGCUCACAUGACCCCCGAGCAACUUCAAUUCCACUACUUCAACAUGCACGAUUUGGACAAAAAUGGAAAGCUUGAUGGCGUUGAACUUAUCAAAGCGAUCACCCAUUUCCACAAUGAAAACCCCGGUCCUCAACAUCAAAGCAGCGGUGCUCCUCCUCCACUUCCAACUGAAGUAGAGUUAGAGUCAAUGAUUGACUCAAUUCUUCGAGAGGACGAUUUCAAUGGUGAUGGACAAAUCGACUAUGGAGAGUUCUUGAAGGCACAAAAGAUGCGAGAGGAUGCAGCUAGGGCUCAUCAAGCACAAAUGGCCGCCCAACAUGGUGCUCAAGGCCAACAACCACCACAACAAGGUCAACAACCACCACAACAAGGCCAUCAACAACAGCAGCAACAACAC